AAUUUUGUCUGUUGUGUUUGAUUUUCAGUGAUUUAGAUUUUCUUGAUGUUGUUAUGAAUUUUGUUUAAUUUAAUUCAAAUGGCCAAUGUGGAUGAGGAAGGUAUUGACACUCAGUUCAUAGCUGAAAAUAUCGGCUUCUUAGACAAUUGCUUCGACAAUUCAUUCAUAUUACAAAGUUCUUUGCAAGUUGUAAAAGAGCAAGCUUUGGAACAAAACAAUGAUUUGAAACUGACUUUGAGGCCAACCAAGAAGAUUAAUAACUAUUCACAGAAUACAACAAUAGCGUUACAAUCAACUGAAAAUAAUCUGGUGAAAUCAGGCAUAGAUCAAGGUAGCAAUAAAAAUUUAAAAGCUUGGGGCCUACCACUUGAGAUAGCAAAAAAAUAUGAAGAAAGAGGAGUUAAAGAAAUGUUUGACUGGCAGGUUACUUGCUUGGGUAACUCAAAGGUACUCUUUGAUUGUUGUAAUUUAGUAUAUUCUGCACCUACAUCUGCUGGGAAAACACUUGUUGCAGAAAUAUUAACAAUCAAAACUAUUUUGGAACGUCAGAAGAAGGUAAUUAUAAUUUUGCCUUUUGUGUCAAUAGUAAGAGAAAAAAUGUUUUAUCUUCAAGAUAUAUUGUCUAGCUCUGGAAUUCGAGUGGAGGGGUUUAUGGGUUCCCAGUCACCUCCUGGGGGUUUGCAAGCUGUGCAUGUGGCCAUAUGCACUAUUGAGAAAGCAAACAGUUUGGUCAACAAACUCCUAGAUGAAGGGACCAUAUCAGAGCUAGGUGCCAUUAUAGUAGAUGAAUUGCAUCUCCUUAGUGACCCCAGCCGUGGAUACUUACUAGAACUGCUGCUGACAAAGAUCAAAUAUGUGACAUCUAUGUCAGAUGAUAACAAAAUUCAAAUAGUAGGGAUGUCUGCCACAUUACCUAAUUUAGAAAGCCUUGCUAAUUGGUUGAAUGCUGAGUUAUUCAUCACCCAGUUUAGACCAAUCCCUCUUCAUGAAUACUGUUUAGUUGGAAAUAAGUAUUAUGAUAAACUAGGAGCUUGCGUUAAUACUGUAGACAUGAGUUUAACUGCUGAAGGAGAUAAUGUUCUGAAAAUCUGUUUGGAAACUAUUAAAGAUGGAUGCUCAGUACUCAUAUUCUGUAUGACAAAGAAUUGGUGUGAAAGCUUAGCCCAAUCAGUUGCAUCAUCAUUCUUUAAAUUAGGAUGUGAAGACAGCCAGGCUGGCCAAGUUUUAAGAAGUCAAUUAAAAUCUGACAAUAUUUUAGAAGUCCUGGAGCAACUAAAGAAUUGUCCUGUUGGAUUAGAUCAAGUUCUCAAGAAAACUGUAUCUUUUGGUGUUGCAUAUCAUCAUGCAGGACUGACAUUUGAUGAAAGGGACAUAGUUGAAGGUGGAUUCAAGACUGGGGCGAUAAGAGUCUUAGUAGCCACAUCCACAUUGAGUUCUGGUGUGAACUUGCCUGCCAGAAAAGUUAUUAUUAGGUCACCUGUAUUUCAAAGGCAGCCAAUAAAUAUCUUGACAUAUAAACAAAUGAUUGGUAGAGCUGGAAGAAUGGGGAGAGAUACGCAGGGUGAGAGUGUAUUAAUAUGCACAGAGGCUGAAAAAAAAAUUGGGUUUGAAUUAAUGAUGGGCUCCUUAGAGCCAGUAAAGAGUUGCAUUGAAACUGAAGAUAAAUACAUGAGAGCAGUGCUAGAAAUGAUAGCUAGCCAAGUAUUAUCCACUAAGGAGCAGGUAGAAAUAUAUUCGAAAUGCACAUUGCUUUACAAUCAACAGGAUACAUCAGGUUCACAAAUUAGUCUCUUACAAAAGACAUUAGAUGAAUUGAAAAACUUUGAAUUGGUAAGAAUACAAACUGAAGGUGAUGAGGAGCAUUAUGUUGCUACACCCUUGGGGAAAGCUUGUUUGUCAUCAUCAAUGGCUCCAAAUGAUGGAUUAUCAUUGUUCUGUGAACUGCAGAAAGCUCGUCAGUGUCUUGUCUUAGAGACAGAUUUGCAUCUUAUAUAUCUGGUAACACCUUAUGGUGUGAGUAGUCAGUGGGGAAACAUGGAUUGGAUUCAUAUGCUAACUCUUUGGGAAUCUCUAACCAAAGCCCAGAAGAGAGUAGGGGAACUAGUUGGGGUACAAGAGAGUUUUAUAAUCAGAUGCCUUCGGACUAAUAAAGCAAGCAACAUACAAAAUAGAGUGAAUAUACAUAAGAGGUUUUAUACUGCCUUAGCUUUGCAGGACUUAGUGAAUGAGGUGCCUCUCGCCGAAGUAGCGACGAAGUUUCAGUGCGCGCGAGGCUUCCUGCAGAGUCUUCAGCAAGGAGCUGCAACUUUUGCUGGUAUGGUGACAGCAUUUUGCCGACAAUUAGGAUGGAAAAAUAUGGAAAUGUUAGUAUCGCAAUUUCAAGAUCGUUUACAUUUCGGCAUUCAUUCUGACUUGCUGGAGUUAAUGAAACUCCCUUCUCUCAAUGGCAUGAGAGCUAGAACACUUUUUGACGCGGGUUUUGAAACAAUUGCUAGUAUUGCAUCAGCUGAUGCAAAUACUUUAGAAAAUAUACUUCACAAGUCCGUACCUUUUCAAAGUGAAAAGGAAAGAGACGAUGACGACAGUGAUGAUAUAAGAAAACGCAAUAAAAUAAAAAAUAUUUGGAUAACGGGUUAUUGUGGUAUUACUACUAAAGAAGCAGCUGAGAAUCUUAUUUCGGAAGCUAGGAAAUACCUUUCUCUUGAAAUUGGGGUUGCAGAAAUUAAAUGGAAUCAAGAGUCGACAGCAGUUCCUAAUGCUGUAAACUCUACAGUAGGCAAAGAUGGGAAUGUCACUAGUACUGGCAAAUUAAGUUAUAUUAGCCAUGAAAGUAAUAAAAAAAAUGUAGCCCAACCAACCACUACGUAUGAGAGCACACCAGAAAACCAAACCUCUCAAAGUUCCGGACAUACUAAUACUGAAACAGUUAGCGAGCAAGUUAUUUCAGAAAAAAGUGAUGAUAUAAUUAUUAAAGAAGGUUCACGGGUAAAUAUGAAACUAAAUCGGCUAUCGAAUAAUAGUAGUGCUAAUAGUUCAAAAGAAUAUUGCACUGCAAGCGAAAGCAAUAGCCAAUCAUUAUCAACCAAUGACAUCAUAUGGGACUCUUUAAAUUUUACCGACGCUGCUUUAGAUAAUUUAACAAAAUUACGCACGUCUGAUAAAAUGUUUUCACCUAACAUUAGUUUUGGUGAACUGGAAGAAAAAUCUUCAGCGCCAGAAACUUUGAAUAAGUCGGAUGUUUUAAGUUCAUCAGCACAUGUGUCGGCAAAAGAUAUAAGUUUGUUUUCAUCUGAUGGUGAUAACUCGAGUUUGUUUGAAGAGAGUUUGGCCGUAGAUUUAAUUCCUAGUAAAUUACUAGAUAGAGAACCAUCCAUAAUUCGUCAGCAAGAAACCACAACUGAAUAUACCAGUAUAAACUCUAACACAAUUUUAAACGCUUUUAAAUCGACUUUAAUUGAAACUGAAGGCGAUGACGAUGCUGACGGUACUAAUAUAAAAUUAGUUUAUGAAGACGAUAAAAUCAUGGAAUCGGAAAAUGUAAAUUUAGAAAACAAUAUAAAAUUAGUUUAUGAAGACGAUAAAAUCAUGGAAUCGGAAAAUGUAAAUUUAGAAAACAAUAUAAAAUUAGUUUGUGAAGACGAUAAAAUCAUGGAAUCGGAAAAUGUAAACUUAGAAAACAAUAAUUUAGAAUCAGUCAGUUCCAUUGUUCACAAAAAUAUGAUGACUUAUAAACGAAGAAACUCGACUGGCAAAGAAACGCAUCCUGUGAUAAAAAAGAAAAAAGUCGAUGACAUGAAAAUAAUGACCAAAGGAGAAAUAUACAGCCUACCAAAAAUAAGAUGUUCUUUAUCGAAACGAUUUUUUAUAGAAUUUAAUCAAUAUAAAGUUGAUUGUUAUGUUUUAAGAGGAAAUGAUGUUAUCGAAUAUUCACAAGAUAUUCAAAAUGUAAAUAGUGCAUCUAUACAUUUGAAUUUGAAAACAAAUAACCCAGGUAGCAAUGAAAUAAUAGGGAGCAACUUAUUUAGUUGCAAGCCUGUUCGAAAAGCCGAUGAUAAAAAUGAAGAUUGUCCAAUGAACGGUCUAGUCAUUUACUUAAAUCAAGGAACAAGCAUUUACUUAGAUUUUACAUCUGUAGAUUGUUUGCAAAUAGUCAAAGGCAGAUUACGUACCUGGUUCAAGAAGAAUAAUUUAAAAUUGAAAAUGUUGUGUUCGAAAACCGUUAACUUUUACAUAAAACGAUGGCUUGGAGUUAAUUUGUCGUCGGACUGUACAGAUGUAUCUUUAAUUGAAUGGUUGAUAAAUAGCAGCGAGAAAAUACCGAACGUUGAUUAUCUAAUGAAAAAGUAUUGUGGUAUAGAUUUCUCAAAUGCGCUUUUUAAAGUUAACAGUCAGCAAAAGAGGUUCAAAACUUUCGAUAGUUUUGAGAGUAUUUGCUUAAAGGCUUCUUCUGUGUGGAUGGUGGCUGAAAGUCAGGAAAAUACAUUACAAGAAUCUCUACAGCCUGCUCGAAAUAUAAUAGAUAUCGAAAACCGAGUUGCGGAGAUUCUGUCGAACUGCGAAUAUUACGGAAUCACUGUAGACAAGGAUCUCGCGUCACGACUUUUGAUUGAUGUGAGAAAUUCCCAAGAAAGUCUGCAGAAGAAGGCAUACAAACUUUGCGGAUAUCAUUUCAACUUCAACUCGUCGAAAGAUGUUGCCAAGGUCUUGGGUAUCUAUAAUGGGCGCAAGGUAAGCACGAAGAAAAGCGUGUUGACUUCGCACAACAGUCCGCUAUCGAGUAUCGUUAUUUAUUGGAGGAAGCUCAACUCUAUAUUGACGAAGACGCUGUAUCCUCUGACAGAGAAGGCUUGUAUUUACACCGAGGGAGAUAGAAUAAAUCCGACGUACACAAUGUUCACUUGUACGGGUCGUAUCAGUAUGCAUGAGCCGAACUUGCAGAACGUUCCGCGCACAUUCGCGAUUCCUUUCGAGUACUUGACGAUGCACACAGGCGUGACUGAUCACGUGGCCGAGUUCAACUGCAGGAACAUAUUCAAAGCCGCCCGCGGCUACGUCAUUGUGUCGGCAGACUAUUGUCAGCUGGAAAUGAGGAUUCUUACGCACUUCAGUAAAGAUCAGGUGUUGAUGAACAUUAUGAAGUCUGAUAUGGAUGUGUUUAAGUCUAUUGCGGCAUCUUGGAGCAAUGUGACUGAAGAGGAGGUAGACGAUGAUUUAAGGCAGAAAGCCAAGCAGCUUUGCUACGGAAUUAUUUAUGGCAUGGGGAACAAGACGUUGGGGCAACUUCUCGAUGUAACGGAGAUGGAGGCGGCAGUUUUCAUGGAUUCGUUCUAUAAAACGUAUCCAGCUGUAAAGGUGUUCACGCAGUCAGUCAUAGAGGAGUGCAGGGAAAAUGGUUAUGUGGAGACGCUCAUGAAGCGGAGAAGAUAUUUGCCCGAUAUUACAAGCACUUCUGCGCCUAAAAAGAGUGCUGCCGAGCGUCAAGCAGUGAACACAACUAUACAAGGCUCAGCCGCCGACAUCGCAAAGGCCGCUAUGUGUUCCAUAGACACCAUGACCGACACUCUCGACCCCAAACCUCGGCUGAUACUCCAGAUGCACGACGAACUCAUCUACGAAGUGCCGGAAGCGUACCAACACUACUUCAUCACCAUCAUCAAACAAGUCAUGGAGAACACCCUCAAACUCACCGUCCCUUUACCCGUUAAAGUCAAAAGUGGACUCACCUGGGGCUCUUUGAAGGAAAUCGAGUUUUAAUUAAAUUAAUCAUGAACUUUCUAUUCUAUUCUUUAGUCUAUAUUCUGUGAUAUUUUAUUCUGUUCACGUGAUAUUUUAUCGUAAUAUAGGUAAUUUGGUUUUAUAGACAAUAAACUGUAGAAUGUA